AUGGAGUCUACUAAUAAGGAUGAACGAGAUGGAGUUCUAUACUUCGCUUAUGGCUCCAACCUCUCUUCAGUUCAAAUGCGCAAGCGAUGCCCUAAAUCUAAACCCAUCGGCCUUGCAUAUCUAUCCGGCUGGAGAUGGAUUAUCAAUGAGCGAGGCUAUGCCAAUAUUGUGGAGGACAGGUCCAAAACAGGGGGCAUUUACGGUAUCAUCUAUCGUUUACAUCCGGAUGACGAGGAGUGUUUAGAUAUAAACGAAGGUGUCCCAUGGGCUUACGAGAGGCGAUUUAUCGAAGUUGAAGGCUUGACAACUACGUCUACAGCGGAAGAUAAAGGGGUGGAGGGAGUUGAAUCAACUGAUCAAGAAAAAAAGUCUGAGAAGAUUCAGGCCCUUGCAUAUAUCGACUUCCACCGAAUCCGACCAAGUCGUCCAAAAAACGAAUAUAUUUACCGCAUGAACGACGGAAUUGACGAAGCUAUGAUGCAGUGGGGACUACCCGAGCAAUAUGUUGAUUCUGUUUUAAGGCCAUCCAUCCCCGCCGGGGGUAAGUAA